UGAAUUGCUUGAGGAGCAACAAAUCAGCGGUCUGACUAAAAACACUACACUGCAACUGCUGCAACCAUUGUUAAACCUCUCUCAGCUCCGGCAAUCGGCGGCGUUGUGAUGUCGUUAAUGAGGCUGAGCUCCGGCGACCUCGCCGGAUUCAAAGUCCUCUUCGCGCUGAUGAUUCUGUACGGAGUGUCAUCUUACUUAGCUUACUCCGCCAUCCACAUGAAGUUCGUCGCGCCUCUCGGCGCCGACGCGCCGCUCGAUCGGUUCUCCGAGGCCAGAGCGAUUGAGCACGUGCGCGUGCUGGCAGAGGAGAUUGGCGGCCGCCAGGUGGGAACUCCAGGUCUGACACAGGCAGCAGCAUAUAUUAAGAAGCAGUUAGAACUGAUAAGAGAACGAGCUGGCUCCAAUCUUAGGAUAGAGAUUGAAGAAACAGUUGUCAAUGGCUCCUUCAAUAUGAUGUUUCUAGGAAAUAGUUUAUCACUAACUUAUAGAAAUCAUACAAAUAUUGUAAUGAGGAUUUCAUCAGUUGAUUCUCAAGAAAGUGACCCGUCAGUUUUAUUGAAUGGUCAUUUUGAUACUCCACCUGGUUCUCCUGGAGCUGGAGAUUGUGGCUCAUGUGUAGCAUCACUGCUUGAAGUAGCAAGGCUGGGUAUUGAUUCUGGCUGGAUUCCUCCUCGGCCAAUAAUAUUCUUAUUUAAUGGCGCAGAAGAAUUGUUUAUGCUGGGUUCACAUGGGUUCAUGACAACACAUAGAUGGCGUGAUACAGUUGGAGCUUUUAUCGAUGUUGAGGCAUCUGGGACAGGAGGCUUUGAUUUAGUAUGCCAAUCUGGACCGGGAUCUUGGCCUUCAUCUGUUUAUGCUCAGUCAGCUAUAUACCCAAUGGCAAAUAGUGCAGCUCAGGAUGUUUUUGGUGCAGUUCCUGGUGACACAGACUACAGAAUGUUUGCCACUGAUUAUGGUGACAUUCCUGGCUUGGAUAUCAUCUUCGUGCUUGGGGGUUAUUAUUACCACACCUCAUAUGAUACAGUGGAUAGACUAUUACCAGGAAGCAUGCAAGCACGUGGGGACAAUUUAUUUAGUUUAAUGAAAGCUUUUGCCAAUUCUUCUAACUUAUUAACUGCCCAAGGUAGAAAAUCCUUGAGAGAUUCUGCCAGCCAAUCCAAGGGUGAGGGUGGAAGACCUAUCUAUUUUGAUUACUUUGCACAAUUCUUGGUCCUUUACUCAAGAAAGCAAGCCCUGGUUUACCACACUAUUCCGUUUGCUUUGUUCCUGCUAAUGCCCCUGUUAUUGCGCUUGCCAACUGGGAGUUUAUACAUUUCUUUUAACUCCUACUGUGACUUCUUGAAAGGAUUAUUAUUCCAUACCUGUGGGAUCAUAUUUGCCAUACUUCUGCCCAUCUGUUUAUCUAUUCUGCGGUUACUAUUCUCUGGACAUUCCAUGAACUGGUUUGCAAAUCCAUUUUUGGCGUUUCUAAUGUUUGUGCCAUGCUCAAUUGUUGGUCUGUUGGUUCCAAGAAUUAUUUGGAAGCAAUUUCCUCUAUCUCAAGAUGUUUUGGCUCUUUCAUUAUCACGGGAGGAAUUGGAUGAUGAAGCAAGGUUCUGGGGAGCAUUUGGGUUCUAUACCCUCUUGACUUUGGCAAGCCUUGUAUCGGGGUUGAGUGGGGGUUUCAUCACAUUCUUUGUAUCAGUUUCUAUGCUUCCAGCUUGGAUCUCCUAUCGUCUAUCGGUAAAGACAUUUGGUCAACAAUCUCUCAGGUCUGCAGCAUCAUAUGUGAUCCCUUUGGUACCUUGCCUGAUGUACUCUGUAUACUUUGGUGGAUUUCUUGCUGUCUUUGUCAUCGAAAAAAUGGGCAUGGCAGGCUCUCAUCCACCUCCUUAUGGAUAUUUUGUUCCUGAUGCAAUAGUUGCCGCUAUAGUUGGAUUAGUGACAGGCUGGUGUUUUGGCCCUUGUAUACCUGUUAUUGGGAAAUGGUUGGCAAAACCACCAAUUAUCCAAGUUUUGCUGCAUGGAAGUGUUCUUGCGUUGGCUUUAUCAUCACAAUUCUUUCCAUAUAGCAACGAUGCGCCAAAAAGGGUUGUUUUUCAGCAUACGAUUCAGACAAUAGAUGCAGAUCAAGUAUCUGGAGUUAGUUUUGAUUUUGCCGUAGUUGACUCCAAUUCCCUGAUGUUUGUUUUCCAUCAUGCACCUGACGCGGCAAGUGAACUGUAUGGUGAUAAAGAAUUAAGUUUUGACACGGUCACUCAAUCAGAUACUCAGAGAUGGACGGGAAUUUUUCCCAUUAAUGCUUUGUUUUCAAGAAGCCUGAAGUUUCCCACAACGAAUGAAGAAAUCUUGAAAGAAUACUCAAAAUUUCCACUUGUGACGUCUCACAUAUCCCCUAGCAUCUCGACUGAGGGAUCUCGGAGAGUCAACUUGGAGUUCUCGUUAGGUUCCUUGAAGGAGGUGUGGGUUGCAGUCCUCAACAUUACAGGACCGUUAUCAAAUUGGUCAUUUGCAAAUAACAUAGUUCCAGCUACCGUUAGAAUUGGCAACGGGCCACCAUCAUACAUUUGCAGACUGAGCGGCACAGGCCACGAGAAUUGGACAUUCUGGUUGGAGGCCAACACAUCGGAACGUCUGAGGCUCGAUGUUGCUGUGGUGGACCUGCAUUUAACCGAGCAAACGACGAAAUUGAAAGGCCUUUUUCCAAGUUGGAUGGAUGUCACUGCCUUCACAAGUUUCUUGUCUUCCUAUACCUUCUAAUCCCAUGCAUCUCUUUCUUCUUCGCCUAAUUUUUUCCUUACUUUGUGUAUAAUUUACUUGGCUAGUCUCUUUAAUAUGGAUUUACAUACUGAUUGAAAUUUGAAACUAUUUUUCCAGUGAUCAUAAUUGAUUGAUUGAAGAAACAUCUUGGUUGAAA